AAACAAAAUGGAAGCUAAAAUACACGUACAUGAACUUUACGACAAUAAUCGGUUUAUCCAGCAUGACGGUUUCCGUUAUCGUAAGACAGUACUUUCAUCUAUGAAGAGAUAAGACACCCAACUAAAAUAAAGUACAGUACAGUACUGAUUUCUACUGGUACAUAGAAACAAAAAUUACAUGGAUUAUCUAGUGGCAUCAGAAACCAGUCUCUAAUAUCACAGUAUGCCAGACCAAUAAAGAAGGCACUCCCUGCAUCCAGAUUCACAUAAGUGGACAUUUGAGCAUUUAAAUAAUGCCUCGGAUACACCCUGGUACUUUGCUGAAAGUUCUUCCACUCAUCUGCUUCUUUGUAUUUCUGAUUUACAUGUCCGCCUGCAACAUUGAGCAAUAUUGUCCUCCUUGUUCAAGAGCAGAGUCUGAUAACCAGAUGAAGAAAGAACCUCCAAAAUCGAUGUCAAAGCGUCAAGAGACGUUUCUUGCAGUUAUGAUAAUGACAGGGCCAAAGAAUAUUGAACGCAGAAAUACGAUUCGUCAAACAUGGUUACUAAAUCACCGCCGUGAUGUCAUGCCGAGAUUUGUGAUUGGAAUUGAGGGGUUAAAUUUGAUGGAACGAGAACAGCUUGAAAUUGAGCAGUCUGAGCAUGGUGAUUUGUUGCUCUUACCAACAUUGCAAGAUGCUUACAACAAACUAACUGAGAAACUACUUAAAAUGUACAUAUGGCUGGACCAAAAUGUCAAUUUUACUUUUGUUUUAAAGGCAGAUGAUGAUACGUUUGCACGACUUGAUAUUAUCGUCAGUGAGUUGCACACAAUGCAUCCUGCAGUGGUGUAUUGGGGCUUUUUUGAUGGACGAGCAAUGGCUAAAAAACGAGGCAAAUGGGCAGAAGAAGAUUGGAAGCUUUGUGAUCGUUAUUUGCCAUAUGCCCUCGGUGGUGGAUACAUUUUAUCACAUGAUUUGGUUCACUUUGUUGCGAGAAAUUCAGAUUAUCUUAAACUUUAUAAUAAUGAAGAUGUAUCUCUCGGUGUCUGGCUCGCACCAGUCGAGAUAAACCGGAUCCAUGACACAAGGUUUAAUACCGAGUACCUUUCACGUGGAUGUAAUAACGGAUACAUUGUAACACAUAAACAGACGAUACAAGAUAUGUUCGAAAAUCAAAAACAGUUGACAAUGCAUAACCGACUUUGUGAACGUGAAGUACAGUUGCGAAAAUCUUAUUUAUAUAACUGGGACAAGUUACCAUCCGCGUGCUGCCCUAGAGAAGUUGGCAUACCUUAA